AUGUUGAUCAGACCGGAGCGAUGGAACUCUCAGCAGUGUGCAGAUUCCUGUGAGUUCACUCUGGAUCCAAACACAGCAAACAAUUCUCUCGGUCUCUCUGACGGGAACAGAAAGUUGGAGUUUGUGGAAGAUUCACAGUCGUAUCCUGAUCAUCCAGAGAGAUUUGAUUCCUAUAAGCAGGUUCUGUGUAGAGAGACUCUGACUGGACGCUGUUACUGGGAGGCUGAGUGGAGCGGGACGGUUUAUGUAGCAGUAACAUAUAAAUCAAUCAGUAGGAAAGGAGACAGUCCUGACUGUGGGUUUGGACGGAAUGUAAAGUCCUGGAUUCUGAUCUGCUCUGAUAACAGAUACUCUGUCUGUCACAAUAAGAACACCACUGUUCUCUCUGCUCCUUCCUCUCAGUCUAACAGAGUAGGAGUGUAUCUGGACUGUCCGGCCGGCUCUCUGUCUUUCUACAGCGUCUCCUCUGAUACAAACACUCUGACACACCUACACACAUUCAACACCACAUUCACUGAACCGCUCUGCGCUGGGUUUUGGGUCGGUUCUGGUUCCUCAAUGUGUUUAAAAUAAAAUAACCUCCUGAGUGAAAAUCACACAACGCACACACACAAAAAUAAAAUAGAAUAACAUGAGAACC